AUGUUAAAAAAGCCCCACGCAAAACCAAAGCUCCCCGUCCAUCUCGCACCAGCAGCGGGAAACUCUGUGGAAGAAAUGAUGGAGCCGAUCCAACAGCAGCGAAGGCGCCGUUCACGCCCCGCGUGCUCCUGGCAAAGCCGCAGACAAAAGGUGAUGCUAUGCGCCUGCCUCGGCCUCGGCGCGCAAAGCAUCGUCCCCGCCGCCGAAGCCUGGGUACCCGCGGCGCCGGCGCUACUUGUGCAGCAGCAGGGCCGAGUAGCACCGCCACCGACGAAAACAAUGCACGUCGGAGUAGGAGCAAGAGGAGGAACAUUUUCGUACCACCACCCCUCUCAAGGUAGUAACAGAUUGGGGGGGCAGCAGCAGCAGCGGCAACACUGUCGGCGACUGGCGUUCGCACCGAUCAGCAGCCAAGCGUGGGGAAUCGAAAGGACGUUCGGACAGUCGGCCCUCUCAUCGCGCUGGACGGGGCAAGGAGUGGUAGUCGCUAACAACAACGCCGCCGCCGGGGGGAGGAGGAUGGGGGGGGUGAUGAUGUCGAUGGCUGAGGAGGACAGCGGGACGAAGAGCCAGGGCUUCAACGCGAUGCUUGGAGCGGUCGCGCUCGCCGGCCUGGGCGCGUUAUACUACGGGCUUCACGAUCACACCCUCGGCGGCGGCGGCGGCGGCCCUUUCUCGGCCACCGUCGAGUCUGCCGUCGAGACCGCAAAGGCCGGGCACAGCGCCCCCAGCACCGCGGUGCAGGCUUUCCUCUCGAGCAGCGUCACUAAGGUCGAGGAGCUGGGACCGCUGGGCGUCGUGUACUUCGGGCUGCUGUACGUCCUGGCCGAGGUGCUGAUCAUUCCCGCCAUCCCGCUCACGGCGGCGGCGGGAUUCCUGUUCGGGGCGGCCGGGGGCACCGCGGUGGUGCUCACCAGCGCCACCAUCGCGGCGGCGAUUUCUUUCCAGCUCGGACGCACGCUGUUGAGGCAGCAGGUGGAGGGGCUCCUCGAAGAGAACCCCAAGUUCCGCGCGUUGGAUAAGGCCAUCGCGAAGGAGGGCUUCAAGGUCAUCCUCCUCCUCAGACUCAGCCCCAUAUUCCCGUUCGCGCUGAGCAACUACCUCUACGGCGUCACUUCGGUGGACUUCCUGGAGUACAUGAUGGGGACCCUGCUCGGGUUCUUCCCCGGCACCUUGGCCUACGUUUACGGUGGAACGCUUGGCAAGGUCGUGACGGACGGUGGAGGCACAGGUCUGCCCUGGUACGGCUACGUCGCCGGCGCCGCCCUCACCGCAUACCUCCUCAAGACCGUCGGCGAGAUCGCCACUGCCGCGGUCGAGGAGAUGGAGGAGGCAGACCCGUGAACGAAGCUCGCGGGAUUCCCGCGGUACGGUACGGGGCACGCAAUCAGUCCAGAAAGGAAGACAAACAAUCUUUUCUACAACAGGGCAUUGGAGGCGUUUUGGUGGUGGGGGGAGGGGGGCGACGCCUCAACCGAGUUGCAGAACCUGGUGAAUGGGCCUCUUUUGUUGUUCUGCCGAGGGAACCGAAAGUCGUUCCGUUUUUUUUCUCUUUAUUUGUGUCCACGUGGCUGGUGUGUAGUCGUGAUUGAACAGCCGUGGUGUUGGUUUCGAGGGCGCUCGCUUUGUCUCCCGACCACCUCGAAAUUAUGUCAUCCGUCUAUUCACGGGAAACCGUCUACUUACGGUUCCUGUUUUGGAAGGGCUUGGUACUAUGCGGCCACCAGCAGCCACCAGCUAUAGGCGAAAGCCAGCAUUAGAGCCUCCUAUCUCUAGCCUCUGUGAGAUCAGCUUGGACCACACAGCUGUAGCCACAAACUAGUGUUAGAGCCUCCUGUCUCCAACUUGUGUGCAGGUACAGACCCGUAGGUUUAUGCACGAAGCAAAUGUGUUCGCAGGAGCCAUGGUGAACAAACGUUGGGUGUAGUAUGCGAGACGCCCCGCAUGAUGCUUCCCUUCCUGAAUGAUCGUCCAUAUAACUCCUAUGCUUUCUGUGGGAGGAAGUUGCUGCUUCUUUGCUGAGUCACAUUGCUUGUUCUUUGCUGAGUCGUAUGGAUCGAUUACUCUGGCUGCUUGCAUCUUUCUAUGUUCGAGUGAGCUUCCGCGAGUGCUGGGUGAAUAUCUGUCCAGGCGGUUUGAUGUAGAGCGCUCUUUUGAUCGUGUUCGAUGGAAGAGCCACCAUCAUGAGGCAGGGGUGUAGGUUCUUGCUCUCUGUGCCUCCGUUGACAAGAGAGCCUUGCAUAGUAGAAGUAGUUGCUUCUGUAGGAGGCGAGAUUCUAGACCGGUGCUCGUGUUUUGUACAGCAAAGAGGGGAGGGAGGAGGUGGGGGGCUUUGCCCCGUCGAGGAGAGACGUUAACGUUGCACUUGUUUCGUGUUGCUGCUAUCUAUGAGAGUGAGAGAUUUUCCAGCAUCAUGUGGCGACGCUCGCCUCUCAAAUCGAUGUGUUGAUUUGUUUUUCGCCCAUUUUUGCUGAAUUUUGGAGAUUAUUACGAACAGUUCAUUCCCUUGUUUUUUUUGCUCGGUUUCUUUCACCGCAAAUGUUUUGUCUUCGCGUACACGAUGGGGGGUAUUUUCACACGCCUCGUGCGUCUGAAAAUGAGCUAGGAGUGCUUGCGCGGGAUGCGCUUGGCGUGAAUUUGCCUGUUUAUCUCUCACUCCCUGCUCAAACCCGUCGGAACGCUUGUUUCCAAAAAAGCGGUGGCGUAUAGCGUGUUGCUUUUCGAGAUGAACGAGAACAACUCCGUCCGGUGGGCAAUUCCCUUGGUACUACAUGGGUGGUAUUCUUUGGGGUUCGUGUAUGCAUGUGGCCAUCUCUGCCGUGCCAAGUGUCGUAUAUCACAUUGGCAUUGGCAACGGAAGGCCCUUCAAAAAAGCUUUUUCUAAAGAAAAAGCGGGCAGUUCAACCUUGGGAUUCUGCCAUCGAUAUCCCGGUGUGUGUAUGAAUACUGUACUCCAUAUGCAACAAUGUACGACGACAUCAAUAGAAAUGCUGCCAACUCGAGACAGGGCAUAUGUU